CAUCCAAUGGAUGUUCGCUAACGUGUUUAAAUCCGACGGUUCCCGAAGUGAAAACCAUCAUUGUCAAUGCUCGAGCAGUGCACAAAACUGUUAUCCAGAAACUACGAACGGCGUGGAGGAUUUGGUCGUUAGGUAUCGUUAAAGGUCGGUCGGCAAUGGCUUCUCAUAGUUUAAGCUUAGCAUCUCCAAGAAUUUACAUUUCCACGAAAAGCCAAUUAGAACUGGGCGUCAAAUCCAAGCUUUUUGUGUUCGGUUCUCGAGGCUUGAGAAAAUCCAAGACGGUUUCUUUGUCAGCCCGUGCCAUGGGCUCCUCAGCUUCUUCCCAGAAACCAGACAGCACUCAAGAGGCGGGAAGCGCCGACUAUAAAGCUAUAAGUGAUGAAGAGUGGAAGAAGCGACUCACAGGCGAACAAUUUUAUAUUACUCGUCAAAAGGGAACCGAGAGGGCUUUCACUGGGGAAUAUUGGAACACCAAAACCCCUGGAACUUACCAUUGCAUAUGUUGUGACACACCUCUAUUUGAAUCAUCCACUAAAUUUGAUAGUGGAACUGGUUGGCCUUCUUAUUACCUGCCUGUGGGAAACAAUGUCAAGUCAAAGGUAGAUUUGUCAAUUAUUUUCAUGCCUCGCCAAGAAGUUCUCUGCGCCGUUUGUGAUGCUCAUCUUGGCCAUGUCUUUGACGAUGGUCCACCUCCCACAGGAAAACGUUUUUGUAUCAAUAGCGCCUCCCUUAAACUAAAGCCAAAGCCGUAGGCAGGCACAAGCAGGAAAACCAGAAUGAUAUGAUGCUCAAAUCAGAUGCGACACUCGUAUUGUAUCUGCAUAUUCCGUUUUAAAUCUUUUAUUUGGUUAGAGAACUGUGUAAAAUAAUAUUCACUUGGCCGAUGUAUAAGCUGGGUCUGAUAAUGUGUAAAAUAUCUUAUAUUUUGGGUCUGAUAAAAUAUAAAAUUUAUCUUC